GAACCUCGCUUUUCUCCAAUUAUCCAGCAGCUCGCUUCACUGAAAUCUCACCACGUGAGACAAAUUGAGACAGUCGUCAUGAAACUCUUGAUUUUUGUAACGUUUAUAGUUGGGGCUUUCGGACAAUAUCUGCCCCCCUUGACUGGAAAGGUCCCACUGUCAACUUACCCAGGACAGGGGAAUUACUACCCUUAUCAAAACCAAUAUCCAUACCAAUACGGUCAGUUUCAGUACCCAUUUUCGUGGUAUCCUUACAACCAGUACCAGUACAACCAAUACCCGGGUGUAGUCGUCCCUCCUCCUCUUCCAGUGAAAACCGUUCCAGAACCUGUCGUUCCUGUCGUUGACGUUAUCCAGCCCACUUCCUAUGUCCCCACUGGGUCCGUCUCCCCCUUGGAAGCUGCCCUCUCCCACAUCGAUCACAAGAAGAAUGGUCACUCGGAAAAGUAUUAUUAUGGAAGGCACAACUUGGGCCCUACCAAUGAGCGACCAUCUCCUCCAUCCUCCCGAGCUCGUCACAGCACCCCCCUCAUCGAAGCCUACCCCGGAGGAAGUCUCUACAACUACCCCAGUGGAACCUACCUACCUGGCGGCGGAAACUACCCCAUGGAUUUUCCCCCCGGUGUCAACUAUGAGUACCAAUAUCCCCUAAAUUACCAGUACCCUAACCAACAUCAACAAUACGUCGUCCCCACCACCACCGCCUACCCCCCAGUUGUCCAACAACAAUACUACAACUCCUACUACCCGACCAAAGUGGGUGAACUACCUAUCCCGCCCUACAUUGGAAUGAAGAAGCCUGUCGUCGUCGCCGACGAAGUCAUCACCCCAGUUGCAGAGGUUGGUCAUACCGGUCAUACCGGUCACGCCAAGAAACCCUUCACCGUCGAGAAGAAGCCACAUUAUGAGGUUUAUCUCUAUGAAUAAGUUAAAAUGUUAUGAUUUACACUGCCAUAAAUAAUUAGAUUUCAAGACUUCAAAUUUUCUCUGACUUGUUUAACCUUGACAAAAUUUAAGUUAAAAUAUAUUAAACUUGCUGCGAAAUAAGAUGUCAAAGUCAUUCCAUAUCUUUAAUUUUUGCAUAUCGGAGAAUUCGGAAUUCGGAUAGCAUAAUGAAGACUUGAUUUGGAGUCAGCAAGCAUGCAGCAUGGCGGGUGAGAAGUUUCAUUCCACUUUCCUACACUCUCCGAGCAGACGAACCACAAAAGUUUGAGGGUGUACUUUUGUACAAACUUUUGUCAAAAGUUUUAAAUUAGAUUUAAUCGUUAGGAUUUGUGUUGUAUUUUGUGGUACGGUUGGUCGAUGAAGAGUCAAUGAAGGUCACAGUUAAUCGCUUGAAAUACCAAAUACAAAAUCCGGUGCCGGCCUUGACUGCAUAACUAAAUUACAAAAUUGAAGU